AUGAAAACUCGCAUUGUGUUCCUGCUCUUUGCUCUGUUGGCUGGGCUUAAUGCGAUGCCGAUUGAUUCUCCCGUGGUGGAGGAUGAGGAAGGUACUCAUGUGCAUCUUUGUUGCUAAUGUUGAGUCUUGUCCCCAGAAAUCAGAGGCAUUUUAUGGUCAAACUUUUGGGCUCUGUAACUAAAUUGACCUUUUCUUCAAGAUGCAGAAAGCUCUGAGGAUACCGCCCUGCAAGAAAUUUUAGAUGAUUUAGUCAAAUCAUCUGACAAUCCAUCAAACCCAGACGAACCCUCAGCACUCGAUGAGGGCGCACAAGAUGACCCUACAGCAAUGGAUGAGGAAUCGCAAGAUGAUCUCCCACUGUUUGACGAAGACUCAAAUGAUGGGGAGUCUUCAGAGGAUGAUAGCUCAAAACCCGAAGAGGACUCCUUGAACUCGACUAUCCAUGAGGUUGCUCCAGAAGAUAUUUCUCCCUCACAAGAUGAAGACUCCACAGAAGAUGAAACUUCUUCACCAGGAGACGGUUCUUCAGAUGAGGAUUCUUCCUCACAGGGUGAUAAUCUUAAAGAGGAGGAUCUUGGUGAGGACUCUCCAUCAGAUGGUCCUUUGACAGGAGGUGACAAUGAGUAA